AUGUCUUCCGAGACUAAGGAUCCAGAGGCAAGUCUGCAGCGACUAGAUACAGCCCCCUCUCGUCCAGAAGAGCAGCCGGUGCACUCCGUGUUUACCAAGCACCAGAAAUGGUACAUCGUCUUCUGCGCCUCAUGCGCCGGCUUCAUCUCUUUUCUACCGGGCCAGGUCUACUUCCCGGCCUUAAACAGUCUAGCCCAUGAUCUGAAGCCUCGCUUUCUAGCUCGGAUCGUGACUGACGAUGACAAGAUCUUUCAAGGGCUGUCGCCAAUGUUUCUAGGGGAUUUUGCGGACAGAUUCGGUAGACGACCGGCCUAUGCCGUGUGUUUUCUCCUAUACAUGGCAGCCAGCAUCGGCCUUGCCCUACAGUCCAACUAUGCGGCCCUCUUUGUGCUUCGGUGCUUGCAAAGCGCCGGCAUUGGCCCUGCAAUGGCACUUUCUGUAGGGGUGAUAUCAGACAUCGCGACGGCCGCAGAGCGAGGCUCCUAUAUGGGCCUGAUGACAGGCGGCACGGUGCUGGGUCCUUCUGUUGGCCCUAUCAUUGGCGGUCUCCUGACACAGUAUCUAGGCUGGAGAGCAAUUUUCUGGUUUCUCACUAUCUUCGGCGGGACGUUUGUUAUCCAAAUGCUGCUCUUCUUCCCCGAGACUGCUCGCAAAAUCGUUGGAAACGGUUCGAUCUCUCCCCAGAGAUGGAACCAGACCGUCCUCAGCUGGUAUCAAACCACGAAAGGGAAGACACAAUAUACAAGCCAGACGUCGCGGGCGAGAUCCAAGCUUGGCUUCCCCAAUCCCAGCAAGACGCUUGUUAUCAUGUUCCAGAAAGAAGCUGGAAUCAUCAUCUUCUCGAACGCGAUCUUCUCACUUAGUUACUACGUUGCGUGCGCUUGUAUCCCCGCCGCUUACCAGAAGCUAUAUGGUUUGAAUAGUCUUCAGGUCGGGCUGUGCUAUCUCCCACUGGGGUUCGGAGCCAUGGUUGCCUGCAUCGGGACGGGAAAGAUGCUGGAUUCCAACUAUAGACGCCUUGCGAAGCGACUGAACCUGCCCGUCUCCAAUGCUCACACCCGGAAUUUCACUGGCUUUCCCAUUGAGAAGGCCCGUUUGCUACCAGUCUUCCCUCUCAUGGCAGUCGGGGGUCUGGCGGUCAUUGCAUUCGGAUGGGUUCUGGAUUUCCGCGUACAUCUGGCGGUGCCAACAGUAAUGUUGUUUCUUCUCGGAGCGACUACGACCGCCGCCAAUAGCAUAUUCAGCACGCUGCUGGUUGAUCUCAACCCGAGGGCUGCAUCGGCGGCAGCAGCGUCGCGACACUUUGUCCGCUGUCUGCUGGGAGCCGGCGCCACUGCUGCGCUGGAGCCAAUGGUGAGCAGCAUGGGGUAUGGAUGGUGCUUUACCUUGGUUGCUUUGGUCACCUUGGCCCCUGUACCUUUUCUGUGGACUGCCAUUCGGCUCGGUCCUCGAUGGAGGGCGCAACGAUCGAGCUGA